UGCUCUUCUCCUUCUUCCUCUUCUUGCUUCUGCGGAUUCCACAUCCGAGUGGCACCGUGUGCAUAAAUUUACAUAGAAUCGGCGAAGUGUGUUGUUUCCUCAACCGAGAAGCAUCGUUCGCGUGCUUGGGUGCGAGAUCCUUGAACACGGAGGUGGUAGUCUCUCCGGACAGGCGGCAUAGAUCGAGGGCAAACAAGCAGGAAGGAAGGACUGUGGCGCCUCUGGAGCUCCUAGGAUUGGAAGAGCGUCGUCAGGAUGCCAGUGUUUAAGACGGCCUUCAAUGGAUACUCUGUAAAGUUUAGCCCUUUUCUGGAGAAUCGCCUAGCUGUAUCCACUUCAGAGAACUUUGGCAUUGUUGGAACUGGCCGCCAGCAUAUAAUUGAUCUGACUCCUAAUGGCAUGGUGCAAAUUGCUGCGUUUGACACUCCUGAUGGUCUAUAUGAUUGUGCAUGGUCUGAGGAGAAUGAAAACGUGCUAAUAUCAGCAAGUGGUGACGGCAGCAUCAAGGUUUGGGACUUGGCAGCUCCUCCAAUGGCUAACCCAGUCAGCAAUCGUCAAGAGCAUGCACAUGAAGUGGCUUCGGUGGAUUGGAACAUGGUUAGGAAGGAUUCAUUUUUGAGUAGCUCAUGGGAUGACACUAUUCGGUUGUGGACCACAGAUGCACCGCACUCACUGAGAACGUUCGCCGAGCACUCUUAUUGUGUCUACAACGCAUGCUGGAAUCCAAGGCAUGCGGAUAUUUUCGCGUCCGCUUCUGGUGACUGCACCCUCCGGAUAUGGGACGUGCGCCAACCCCGCUCAACCCACGUGAUCCCUGGACACGAAAUGGAGAUCCUCACAUGCGAUUGGAAUAAGUACAACGAGUUCAUGCUCGCAUCAGGCUCGGUGGAUAAAUCGAUCAAGAUUUGGGACGUUCGUAACCCACGUCAAGAAUUGACGCGAAUGCUGGGUCACACGUAUGCUGUUCGGCGAGUGAAGUUCUCUCCCCACCAGGAGAGCCUCAUGGCAUCUUGCUCCUACGACAUGACUGUGUGCUUGUGGGACUUCCGGCAGCCUGAGGACGCCCUGCUCGCUCGUCUGAACCAUCACUCAGAGUUCGCUUUAGGCAUUGACAUGAGCGUCUUGGUGGAGGGUUUAUUGGCUAGCACUGCCUGGGAUGAGUCCGUCUACGUCUGGCAGAUGGGAAUGGAUCCCCGCGCUGCAUAGAUCCUAAAGCUUAAAUACAAAACAUGAAUUUUCUAGUGCAUCUUCUCGUUCUUUCAUCUCCCUUCUUCAGUCACUUCCGGUGUUCCACCGAAUUCUCGCAGCUGCUUGAACUUUUUGCAUGUUCUCUCUUUCUCAAUUCUGUCCAGGGUAGUAAAUUUUCAACACACAACUGGGCGAUCUUUGGAUCACCUUUAAAACCUGA